AUGAAUCGACACAACAAGUUUUACGCCGAGGUGGCUGACGAGUUGGAGGGGGACGACUACUACGAUGACGACGACUACAACUAUGAUGAAGAGUACGAAGAGGAGGGGGAGUACGACGAGGCAGCGUACGAGGCCACAGCGAGUGCGGCGUCGCCUGAACCGGCGCACAUGUCCAAAAGCACCACGCAGGCGACUGCGCCCGCAGCGCCGGUCGUGCGCGUUAACCCCUACACAACGAUAUCGCCGCAGGUGGACGACGACUACGAGCUGCUCGACAUGCUGCUGCCGCAGCUGCACGCCUUGUGGAAGUUGAAUGCACCGACGAUGCUGCCGCUCACGGAGAGCGAGGCGGUCACGGCACUGCGGGCAAGCAACUACGACGUUGAGCCCGCCUUCCUGCAACUCAAAGAAAAGCGAGACGAGGAGCGCUUCAAGCGCGGCGGGGGCUUCCUGAAGGUCGCCGCAGCCGCUGGACCUGGGAAGCGAGCUUCCACUCUUCCAGCUGUCGAGUCAGCAGAACCGGGCGGCGAGGAGGCGAGCGAUAACGAGGGCAACUCUGCAUCGCCGAGCGCGAGCUCUGGCCGCACCACGAACACCUUGAGAGGCUCGAAGGGCACAUCGCAGCGACGCACGAAGCAGAUGCUAGAGAUGGAACCGGACAAGGAGAAGCCGGACUGCACCUUUGUGAUUGCCGGUCACGUCGACGCCGGAAAAAGCACCACGCUGGGCCACCUCCUCCUGCUCUUGGGCCGCGUUAGCAUCCAGGAUGUCGAGAGAAACGAAAAAGCAGACCGCACGCACCACAAGGACUCCUUCAAGUACGCCUGGUUGCUGGACCAGUGUGAGGAGGAGCGGCGCCGUGGCGUCACCAUCGACUCUGGUUCCUUUUGCUUCGAAACAGAGCACCGUCGCGUGCACAUCCUCGAUGCCCCAGGGCACAAGGACUUUGUGCUGAACAUGAUCAGCAGUGCCACCCAGGCCGACGCCGCCUUGCUCGUCGUGACGGCGGCCACCUCAGAGUUCGAGACGGGGCUGCACCACGGUACCAAGUCUCAUCUUCUGGUCUUGAAAACGCUCGGCGUCGGGUCCAUCGUUGUCGCCGUCAACAAGAUGGACGCCGUUGCCUAUUCACAGGAGCGCUACGACUACGUGGUGCGGGAGCUGCAGCUCCUGCUGAAGCAGACCCGCAUCCCCGAGGAGGCCAUCAUUGGCUUCUGCCCCAUUAGCGGCAUGACAGGCGUCAACAUCACUCAGCGGGGCGCCAAGGAAACGCCGUGGUACCACGAUCUCAGUUUAAUCGAGAUGAUUGACAAGUGCCCGUUGGAGAGUCGCCUCGUGAACAGCCCGCUGCGCCUGAGUCUGCAAGACGUGCAGGGCACCACCCUCUACGCCAAGGUUGAGAGCGGAAGGCUCUUCACAGGGGACACGGUUCAUUUCGUGCCGAGCGAGGUGCGGGUCGCCGUCAAGUCGAUUCAAAAGCCCACUGUGGCUGGCCCCGUUCUCGUCGCCUUUGCUGGCGAGACGGUGGAAAUCAGCACAAACUCGUCCGUGACAGGACUGUACCCGGGCUGUGUGGGCUGCGAGCCGAAUUUGCUGAUCCACAGCUCUACCGACUUCGAGGCGCAUAUUCAAACCUUUCGCACCCUCACCAAGUCCAUCUUGCCAGGGGCGAGCUUCACCAUCAUUGUGCACGCCCUGACGGUGCGGGUGCAUGUUGUCGCACUCAUCUCGAAGAUGGACAGCAAAACAGGAAACUGGUCGAAGGGGAUGGUGAAGUGUGUGCCGCCGGCCGCGCAGGCGAUGAUGCUCUUUCGUGCCGAGUCUCCUGUCGCCCUCGAACCGGCGACGGAGUGCCGCGCGCUGGGGCGGUUUGUCCUUCAGCAGGAUGGCGAAACGGUUGCUGGCGGCUUGGUGACACGCGUUGUGGACAAGCCGUGA